AAAUAUGACUGAAUUAGACGAAUUUGAUUCGAAUCUGAAUGCAGAAUUAGAUAAAUUAUAAAAAGAAAUAGAUUCUUUGAGUAAAAAAGAUUACAAUCAAAAAAAUGCUGCAAUUAAAAAAUGUCAAGCUCAAGUGAAAAGCAUUUCCACUUUGAUUGAAAGUUAUUAAUUGGAGAUAAGCAAUCUUGAUAAAGUUCAGAGUGCUAAGUAGUUAAAAGUUAUACUGUAGGUACAACGACUCGUUAAGAUCAAUUAACUCAAGAUUUUAGCGAUUGAAAUCUGAAUUAGAGUUUAAAAAAAAUGAAGGCCAGACACAGGAGAAUCUCUUUAAAGGAAGAUCAGAAUAAUAACCUCAAAGGUUGGAGGAUAUGAAUAGAUAAUAAGUUAUCGAUAUGGGAGAUUAGAUGUAGAAGGAUGGUACUUUAUAGAAUCAAUAAUUUUUAGCAAUUGAUAAAUUAGGAGGCAUUAUAAGCACUGUUGAAAAGGGUAAUGAAUUAGCAGAUUAAAUUAACAUGGAAUUAGAUAAACAAAUAGCAUAAUUGGAUAGGAUGUAUGACACAGUUAUGGACACUUAAUCAGUUUUGAAAAGAUCAGCCAAAUACAUAAAAUAUUUUGCAAGGUUUCAUUUUAAAAUUAAUGACUAGAUAAGUCUACACAGAUAAAUUAUUGAUGUGUUUAAUUGGCCUAAUAUUUAUCGCCAUUAUAGUGUUAAUUGUACUAUCAGCAUUAGGAUUGGAUGAUGGAAAAUUCAAUACUCCGGAUUAAGUAAAAGGAUCUUUAGCCACCGAUAGUAGUAGCACUUCAAACACAACCACAACGACUGGAUCUUGAUGAUAUACACAUU